AUGCCGCCCAAAGCCGCAAAGGGCGAGUACAUCGAAACCGACACCGGCAACAAAAUAUCCCGCCGCUCCCUCAUCCACGGCACCCAACAUAUCAUCCUCGGCGGCAAAACCGUAAUCCAAGCCGAAGCCGUCAUUCGCGGAGACCUGUUCCGUCUCCAACCAUCCUCCUCUUCCAGCCACUCACACAGCAACGAUGGCGAGAAUACAACAUCAUCAUCGUCAUCUUCGACGGGCACAACCCCUUCCGUCGCAAUCACCGUCGGAAGAUACACCUACAUCUCCCGCGCCGCGAUCCUGCGGCCCCCCUCGCGACUCCAUCGGGGCUUGCAUUCGUACUACCCGCUCAAAAUAGGCGAUCACGUCUUCAUCGGGGAGCACUCCAUCGUCGAAGCCGCUCAAAUCGGUAAUCAUGUACACAUCGGCAACGAUGUCGUGGUCGGAAACAUGGCGAUCCUCAAAGAUUUUGCGUAUGUGUUGGAUGGCGCGGUGGUACCGCCCAAUAUGGUUGUGCCGAGUUUUUGUGUGGUGGGUGGUAGACCGGCGAGGAUUGUGGGUGAGGUUGGGGAGGGGUAUGGGGUUGAGGGCGCCGAGGGGGGGUUGGCGAGGGAGAGGUAUAGGGUGGUUGGGCGGUGA